UGGAUCUACUGCACGAACGCGCAACUGCACAGCAACUGAUCUGAUUCUGAAUAAGUAUUAUGAUUUUACUCAGUGGGACGUCUUCCUUUCAGAACGCGUGUUUGUGCCUCCGAUCUUUAAAACAAUUUAUAACAUUAAGUUAUUAAGUAUUUUUCUUUUUUUUUCUUUUUUAUGUUCUUCUUUGGGACCAAGCAAAAUAUAAAUUGGAUGGAAAGACUUUAAAAACACAUUUCCUCGUUUUAGUUUUAUUGAGCAGGCAUACAGUUUGUGGACUGGCGCUGUAUCAGCUCAGCAUCAGACUGUGGGCUCACUUUGGACAGUCGAGCCUCCGGUGCCAACGCCUUUCCCCCCUCUCUCCGCUUCUCCUCCUCGGCUAGGGAAGUUCAGCUCACACCGCCCCUGAGGGCUGUUUGACGGCGUUUCUCUGCUACUCAUGAGCUGCUGAAGCCACAGUCUUCACACUGAAGAAGUAGUUUGAGAGUGAAAAUGGGCUGCACGAUCAGUGCCGAGGACAAGGCUGCGGUGGAGAGGAGUAAGAUGAUUGAUAAAAAUCUGCGAGAGGACAGAGAGAAAUCCUCCAGAGAAGUCAAACUCCUCCUGCUAGGUGCUGGGGAGUCUGGGAAAAGCACAAUAGUAAAGCAAAUGAAGAUUAUUCAUGAAGAUGGAUAUUCGGAAGAAGAGUGCAAGCAGUACAAAGUGGUUGUGUACAGCAACACCAUACAGUCCAUCAUGGCCAUCAUCCGGGCCAUGGGACGCUUGAAGAUAGAUUUUGGAGAUGCUGCACGGGCAGAUGAUGCCCGCCAGCUGUUUGCCCUGGCGAGCUCGGCGGAGGAAGGUGUGAUGUCAGCAGAGCUGACCAGCGUGAUUAGACGGCUGUGGAGCGAUGUGGGAGUUCAAGCGUGUUGUGAUCGAUCACGAGAGUAUCAGCUCAACGACUCUGCUGCAUACUAUCUGAAUGAUUUAGAGAGGAUCUGCGAGCCGAACUACGUCCCGACUCAGCAGGACGUGCUGCGUACACGAGUGAAGACGACCGGCAUCGUGGAGACUCACUUCACCUUCAAAGAUCUAUACUUCAAGAUGUUUGAUGUUGGGGGUCAGCGCUCAGAGAGGAAGAAGUGGAUCCACUGUUUUGAAGGAGUCACAAGUAUAAUUUUCUGCGUGGCGCUCAGUGACUACGACCUUGUCUUGGCUGAGGAUGAGGAGAUGAACCGGAUGCAUGAAAGCAUGAAGCUUUUUGACUCCAUCUGCAACAACAAGUGGUUCACACUCACCUCCAUCAUCCUCUUCCUCAACAAGAAGGACUUGUUUGAAGAGAAGAUCCUCAGGAGCCCGCUCACUAUCUGCUACCCUGAAUACUCUGGUGGGAGCGCAUAUGAAGAGGCUGCAGCUUAUAUCCAGUGCCAGUUUGAGGACUUAAAUAAACGAAAAGACACAAAGGAGAUCUACACCCACUUCACUUGUGCCACCGACACCAAGAAUGUGCAGUUUGUGUUCGAUGCUGUCACCGAUGUCAUCAUCAAGAUCAACCUGAGGGAGAUAGGGCUCUUCUAGAGAUUCACUGCCUGCAGGUGUCAGUAGGAAGAUAAGGACUUUUGGGCUGGUACGUCGGGUCUGCAGAAAGCACAUUGCAAAGUAGGUCUAACUAAGGACUAAGCUGGUGACCAUGCUGAAUGCUGGACAUUAAUUCCGCUAUUUUGGGACUUGAUACUAUGAUCACUUUUGUCUUAAUAGAUUCAUGAUGCAGAGAAUACUGAAAGCAAGUGGUGAGAAGGGGAGGCUUGUGAUAUGAUCAUUGUGAGCUAUGUGGAGUCCUGUCAUAUUUAAGACCUUUGCAUCAGUGUUGGGCUGGCAGGUAAAGCCCCUCUGAUGUGUGGGACACAUUAAGAGUUUGUCUGUCAUAUGUACAAGGACCAAAAGAGCCUUUUUAUAUGAAACACAUGACUACAUUUCACAGUUUCACAAGUCAAAUGAAAAUUCUGUCUCCUUUUUGUUUGUUGCAUCCUCUCUUAGCUUACGUUUUUAUCAUAUGGCUUUGAUUGAAUAUUUGAAAUUGUUAUAUAUUAUUUUAAUUUUUAGUUGCAGUUAUUUGGUAUUUCUACUUUAGGAUGUUUGAUUGCCAUAACUUAUGUAUUCAGAAUUGUUGUGUGUUUGGGCAACUUUUUGGGGUCUGGGAUUAGUUGAAGUCUGAUGAACUUGGUAGUAAUACCACUAAUUUAAUCAUUUACCAGGGACAUUUUUUUAUAUACAGUAUAUACACAAAUGAGACCCACCACUGCAAAUCCAAUAGUCGAGUUAAAUCUUGCUUUUCCCCACUUGAGUUUGGAUAUGACUAAUAUUAUUCACUUAGUCAAUGCCCAUUUUCAGGUACAAAUUAAACCUUGGGUUAUCAGUGAAACACAUUAAAUAUAGAAGGGGCAAAAGUUUGAUAUGUUUGUGCUGUUUGGCGGUAGACAUUGCAGUAUAUUAAGAAAGUUGACUAUGCACUGUAGUGGAGAUGUAAACGGUACACAGAUUAGUAUAUUGCCACACAGACAAAUUUGGAUAUUUUAUAAAAGGUCAGUGUUUUCAUGAAUCAAACUCAUUCUCAGUAGAAUAUUUCUUCAGAUGUAUUUGUUCCUUUAACCUUAUUAAAUCAUGACACAAAAUUGUUCUCCCUUUAUUUUAGUUCUGAAGACUAACUUGUAACAUAAUCUUGGAAAUUUCAGUCAGAUGACAUCAACUGUGAAGAUUUAUUGAGGACAGAGUCUCACCUAAACCUGAUUGGUUUAGGACAGGCAAAAUUGAAAAAACACUCUGGACUCCAGAGACAUUUCUGCUAGUGUCUCUAUGCUUGUGUUGGGAACUUUAUUAUCGCAUUAUAACUGUAUUAUAAAGAAAUAUAAGGCUAGUGACAUAUUUUCUGCAAUUUCUUAUUGAAGGGUUUAAUCUUUUGAUCAGAUUUGUGUGUCAUAAAAACAGUAUCACACUAUUUAUCUAUUUGGUUUUGUAGACUCAGAUUUCAGAAAGUACUUUGUGGCUUGAAAGCCUCAGUAGCCUCUGUAAGGAUGACACUGCAUCUUUUCACAGUUGAAAUCUUGAUGGACAAAUUAACGAACCACACUGAGAACAGGAUUGGUGUUACAAAACUGGGUUCUAACAAGAUGACAGAUCUUUGCUGUAUGAUCAAGUCUGAAUGCAAUGCAAAGUACCAAAACAGAGAACAUGUACUGAAGACA